CACGCUCCCUUUCUUGCAUCGUGGGGCCCCCGGAGGCCCCCUGAUCCCCCUCUUAGGGACCAAUAGAGACGCUGCACCUGUAUCCAUUGCGCCUGUCCCGUUUGGAGGAAAGUUGGCAGCGCAAUGGUUACGCGGAGCGCGUCUCAAGGGCAAAGGAAACGAGGAAAGCGAACACAAUAACAAAUGUAGAGCGCGGAUCUUUCUGUCUCUGUGAGCGGACUGUCCUCCUCCUCCUGCUGCUCCUCGUCCACAGAUGCUUUUCUAUCUCAGAGGAGGACCGGGUUAUUUAUAAGGAGGUUAAAAAAAAACUAGCGGAGUGAUGCGUCUGGGAUGAGACGUCACAUUUUCCUUUGGAGCUGUAGAGUGGUGAAACGGUGACGGAGUCAGAGGAGAGGAAUACGCAGCUCUGUCCCUUUGCGCGGCGGAUCUUUACCGGAUAGAGGCUCCUAUUCCUGGAUGAUGGGGGCUUUUUCCUCAUAGACACGCCAAGAUUUUCUGAUCGCACCACGUUUCAGCGGGAAUCUGUAUAAUCCUGUCACGCCACGCCGGUUGGAUCCCCCCCACCACCACACACACGCACAAACCAUCACCGGGAUCAGGGUCAGAAUAGAUUUAAAGAAGAGAAAAAAAACGGGCUUUAAUUUAAAGUUUAUUCAAUUUUCAAGACAAAGGCCCGCUUCUGUCGCUCUCCUCAAGGUUAUGCAUUUAAAACAGACAGAGGCUUAACUUACUUUAGGCUGGAGACUGAUUCUAGGCAUGUUUUCUAAUCCAAUUUAAUCCCAAAUGCAGGAAAGCAAAGUUAAUAUUCCAACAGGGAUGAUGCCACCCUGGGAGCGCUUUCAAGGAAGGGAGACUGGGGAAUGAAAGCGGGACAUCUGCGGCUAUAACCGGAGAAGAAAACCAACACACCACCUUUAAUCUUUUUUUCUUAUUAUUAUUUUGGAGUGAAACACAUAUAGUGCGCCUUUGGACUUCUGCAUGAUGGGGAUUAUGCUUCAAGUUAUUCUAGGAAUGUUUCAGUUCCUGCUGCUCACCAGAAUACCGACCUUCCAUGCCAAGCUUGCUCACUGGCGGCCUGCAGACUCUCCCAGAUCCAGGGAAGGUCGGGAAGUGCGUCGGUGGCUCGAGGUGUACUCGCGCAGCGGCUGCGAGCCACGCGACACUCUGGUGGAGGUUUGGCGGGAGUUGCCGGGGGAGAUUCAUCAUCUCUUCAUCCCGUCCUGCGUUUCUGUGAAGCGAUGUGGCGGCUGCUGCACAGAUGAGGCCUUGGAGUGUGUCCCUUCUCUGACACACACCCUCACCAUGGAGCUGAUGAGAACGUCCUUCAUGAAACAUGAGCUCAUUGAGCUGCCCUUCAUAGAGCACAGCCAGUGCGAGUGCAGAUUAAAAGAACAGUUCCAGCCGACACCCACUAGCAGGCCCUAUUUGAAUCCAGGAGGAAAAGAGAAGAAAAAAGAGAGGAGGAAGUCCAAGCAAAGGAAACCAGGAUCCAUCAGAUCUGGAACCCAUGCUCCUGUGAUUCCUUCCUCCUCGACCUCUCCUCCUCCAUCACCUUCUCACACUACUCUACCUCCCUCCUCCCCUCCCUUCUCGAAGCGUCGGUGCAGCAUGUAUACUUCUGAGUUGAAGGAGCUCUCAAUCAGAACCCACGCUCCUGUGGCGUUUUCUUCCACGGCCCCAACUCCUCCAUCACAUCCUCCCACCACACAAGGUCCCUCUCUGCCUCCUUCCCCAACACCUCGGUGCCGGCCCUGCAAAGGAAGGAGGUGGGCCCUGGACGAGAUGUGUCAGUGCCGAUGCACCCUCAAAGAAAGGAGCUGCAGCCGAAAAGGACAGACUCUCAACUCUCGUCGCUGCAAGUGUGAAGUGACGAGAACUUGAUCCAUCCAGUCAGUAGCAUCUUACACCGACAACUAUCUUCAGAUCCAUCACCGACUCACAGCACCUCACAGCGCCUGUGCCAUGGACUGUACAGAUGCUCUGCCUCCAAUAUCUCAACCCGAAGGAUGUAUUAUUAGAGGCACACUAGAACCUGUACUCUUGCAUCAUCACACCCUAAAUGUGCUGUAGAUCUGUCUGUGUACAAGCAAAUUUCCAACCUUGUUGCUUCUGUGGCAGAGCUUCAUAUACGUGUGUGCGCCCGCAAUUUCGCUGUCACAUGAUUGAGGCUAAAGGUGUUAAAACUAUCUUAGCUGAAUUGUUGUUUUAUUUUUUGGAGACUGGAUAGCAACCUAACUGGACAAAGACCAGUGGAGGCAAGACUGGGAGCAGCUUGGACAAGUGCCCUUCAUGUUGAUGUUUCAGUGGAAGUAAAACUGCACACUGAGGCAGCGAAGUGGAUUAAAGCAGAAGCCAUCAACGUAUCAGUGGACAUAUGUACCUCGAGACACACCAGAAGGAUACGGGACACGCAUAUGAUGUGGCACCCCGGUGUCUCUGGACCUAAUGGAGGAGAUGACUGUUGGGGAGGAUGGUAUCUGUGUGGUCUGGUCACUGAAAGACGCAGAUGGGGUAUCCCUGCACCCGUUCACUCUCAUUCAAAGCAUAUGACCACGGGCUGGCUCUCCAAGCCGCUUUCUGGCAUUUGUUUAAUUUUGAGCCUUUUGUGUCCUCUGAGCUCCUCAAUUGAAAGGAGCCGCUUUGCCUCUCUUUGCUUCUCUUUUUCAGCAGUGAGGAGAAUGACAAUAAUGGAACCUGGCCGUUCUCCACUGCUUCACACACACAAGCAUUCACACUUAGAAUACCAGGAACACACAGACGACAUGCUAAUUGUAGACACACAUACGCAUCCAUACCUACAUACGUGUAAGCAAUGUGAAAUGAAUGCAAGUAGCCAUAAGCCAUUAUCUGUGCCAGUAUGUGUCAGUUGUUUCUCUGUGAUUUAGUGCAAGGCCAUCAUAUAGAGAGUAUGUUAUAAUUUACCACUCUUUUUUAUUUUAUAUAAUUCUUCCAGGUUGAUUGCAGAUGUAGUGAAGAGCAUAUAUAUUGCAGGAUGUGUCUUUGCUUUGCUUGUGUUCAUCUUUAAUCCGUCUGCAUCACGACCCACGCUGGGUGGCCCGCUGAUCGUAUACCCAAAUGUAUUGAAUUCAAACAGAGAGGGCUCACACGAGCCUCAAAUGGGAGACUCUAGAUUUACAAUGUGUAAUUCAAACAAUCAGUGGGGUGGUGUUGUGUGGAGCACACAGAAACCAAGCAAAUAGCCGUCCCCCGGUGCAGUGAAAGGAAAACAUAGCUAUUGUUGUUGCAUGUUAGAGCCCGGAUGCAGGGACUGUUAUUCACCCAGAGCAUAACUUGUUUAUAUUCAGGCUGAAUCUCACGGUUUUUACACAGUGUUACUUUAUGAACGCUUUGCUGCAGAGUCAGGAAACAAAGAUGUACUUCUCAAUCAGCUUGUCAGUCAGUCAGGGUGCGGAGUUAAGAAAGUGGCAGGUCAGAGAGUUUAGUGCCCAGUUUUUCUUUAACUCCCAUUCAGAGCCUGUCUGCUGUGCCAAAAUUGACAGAGAAUACUUUAGCCGUGACAUAUCAGGGGGUUAGGGACAGAAAACUGCUCAACAAUAGCUUUGAAACGCCACGAUUCACGUCUCAGUGUUCAUACAGUUCUCCUGAUUAAAGAAUGGUCACCCAGAAACAAGCUGCCAUUCAGAGUGGGAAUUAUUUAUGUGUUAGCCCCAAAGCAGCAGAAAUUUGUUUCGGUGGCUGCUGAGAUAAGCUUUGUAUUUAUAUUCUCCUCAGACGAGAUUAUGUUUGUAUUUCCAUGCUCGUUGUUCAGUGUUUAUUGCUGUCAAUCAAUGCUUCAAUCACUACCUCUCUAUUUCAUAUAUAUUCAAAUAUAUAUAUACUUAUUUUGUUACUUUGUGCUGGAUAAGAUGAUUAUGCAUUUGGAAAUAAGGAGAGUCUUUAUUAAGGAGUUGAUAAUUACUGGUUGGAGGUAAGAAGCUGAAUUGGUUCUCAGAACAUAAGCCAGAUGUAGUAUAAUAAUGCAAAGGAUUUUUGCUCCUUUAACCACAAUGUUAAAGUUGCCCAAAUUUAGCUUCGGAUGUAUAUACCAAUAAAUGUUUUUUUGUUUUUGUUCAGUUCAGAAAUUCAACACUGAAUCCUAUAUGGUAUAUAGAUUUAUUACACAACAAGCAAUAUAGUUCAAAUGUCUGUUCCUGUUGAUGUUGAUUAUUAUGGUUUACAGCUAAUGUAUAAAAAAUAAAGAAGUUCUAUGGCCGAUACAAUCAUUGGGACUUAAAAUUGACAGUUAUCCAGCCAACAAUUAUUAGUGUUUUUUAUUGGCUCUGCACAGUGCUGUAACCAAUUAUACUUUUUUUCCAUUUAUCUGCUGCUUGUAUACAGCUCUGUCUGUAUCUUUCUUUGGAGACAGGGAUUCUUAACAUUGCCUUUCCUUGAUAUCUCUAAAUAAAAACCUUGAGAUGGGAUGAGUUUUUUAACUUCUUAUAAAACAUAACUGGGUUUUUUUUUUAUUAGCUGUAAGCCAUAAUCAUUAGUAUUAAGAAAAAAAUAAAACAACUCUUGAAAUCACCCAGUAAAGACUACGAUACAAUAAUAUUAGAAUGUUGUGUUUUAAAAUAAUUAUUGAAAGGAAUUAACAACUAAAUAAUUUUACAUUUUGUGAAGGCAUCUGUAUUUAGUAUAAGCUUUGGAAAAACAUACUGAAGUUCUGCAGGUUGGUUGAUGGUUAUACCUGGGAGUAUAACAUAAUCUGGACCUUUUCUAUUUAAUUGAGUACUGGAAAACAUGAUGGAAUAGCUACUAUUAGAGGUCCUAAAAUAUGUGUAGAGACUUUUCACUUUUUAAGUAAAGGAUCACAUAAAAUGUGCUUUAGACCCUUGAGUUAAUUAGUUUGUCAGUAUGACCUGGAGGAGCCUCAGGGCAUAGCGAUUAACCCCAGGGGUCUAUGCCGAAGAGACACUUGACACAGUUCAGAACACCCUCCUUGUUCCCAUCACCAGGCCAGAGUGGGAAUUUUCUUUUAUAUUUCUGCUUCAUCAGCGUAAAUAAUGAUGACUCAGUAAAAGCUUAAAAGCUUAAAUCUCUUUUUAAGCUCUUGCUAAAGAAAAUCUGCAUAUAUUUUCCUCUUAUUAGCUGCAUCCUCAUCAGUCUGAUAUUUUUUGAGAUUUAGGCAACAGAUGGUCUGGUUGCUCAGACCUCCAAGGUGGAGGAGGUUAAAGGUCUCAGUUAGGCAGAUUAGGUUACUUUUGAGCAGAGCCAGCCUAGUUUAGCCCUGUUUCUUUUCCUUAAUAAUAAACUCAACCACCCAGUCGAUGUACCAAACAUCAGAUAUCUAUUGAUUAUGGUAUCAAUCCUUGUUUUUGUGAAAUCACUUUGCAGCCUUUCCUGUUUGGACGUCGAUGACCAGCAUAAGCUUUUGUGUUUCAGGAUUAGAGAAUUUUUGAAUAAGCAAACAAAUGUUUCGAGGGAAACCUUAUAGUUGUUUGAUGCCAGUAGAGAUUGCACUUGUGUUCGAGAUUGUAGAGCACAUAUUGUGAGAUCAGUUUUACUUCAAAACAAGAAAUUUGAUCUGUGUUUAAGACCAAUUUGAAUGAAAUCCACUCGUGCAGACACCUGUGACAUACAGCACCUUGCAAAAGUACACAGA